ACUCGGACAAAUCGCGUUUCAAAUACGGUCGUCCUACACGGCUUCCGUAUAUAUUCACAUGUGACAACAGAAGGUCAGACAUGGCAGCCUGCGCUAAAGGGCUCGACAAGUUUAUCUUUUCUCUGAGGUUAUUACGAAACCUCCAGCUCAAAAAUGAACGAUUUUUGUCCACGUCUGUGUGUCGUCCUGCUGCGAGGAACGACGACCCCCCCAAAUUCACCCCUCCACCUAAACCUGUCAUCAUUGAUAAAACACGGGCUAUGGUAUCUCAGCGAAAGUUUCUGAGCCCAGAGUUCAUCCCUCCGCGACAGAGGACAAAACCUUUAAAAUUUACCAUGGAGAGGAAAGACAUGAUACGCAGGAGGAAAGUGCUCGACAUCCCUGAAUUCUACGUAGGGAGUAUCCUGGCGGUGACCAUGGCCGACCCUAACGCUAGUGGGAAAACUAACCGCUUUGUGGGAAUCUGCAUCCAGAGGGGAGGUAAAGGGCUGGGCGCCACAUUCAUCCUGAGGAACAUCAUUGAAACCCAAGGUGUGGAGAUUUGCUAUGAGCUGUACAGUCCUCGUAUCCAGAGUAUUGAAGUGCUGAAGCUGGAAAAAAGACUGGAUGACAACCUGAUGUAUCUGAGAGAUGCUCUGUCUGAGUACAGCACCGUGAACCCAGACAUGAAGCCUGUGCCAUUCUCCACCACUGGAGAAGUGCCUGUCAACAAGAUCAAAGUAAGGAUGCGCCCAAAGCCGUGGUCAAAACGCUGGGAACGACCCAAGUACAACAUCCAGGGCAUCCGCUUCGACCUGCGCCUGACCCCAGAGCAGAUGGAGCACGCCCAGAAGUGGGCGCAGCCUUGGCAGGAGUACGACAUGCUGAAGGAGUACGACACGUCCACACUGGGGGAGGAGAUCCUCAAGGAGGUCCAGCAGGAGAUAAGCAAGUGAGGAAGAGCACUCCUGAAAUGCAAACAUUCUUCAGUUUAGCCAUUAAUGCAAGAAUGGGGUAAAGACUGGAAUGUGAGGUUUGCAUGGAUGUAAAAAAAUUGUGCUGGAAUUUCAUCCUGAUGUUAACCACAGCCACACAGGUGUAUAUAAGGAGGAGGAGCUGAUACGGAAACUGGUUGUAUUCUGAGCAGUCACACCCUCUUCAUUUUGUGUUAUGCAUCAGUCUGCUGUACAGUAUGUGGUCUGUGAUUAGUCACUGGCCUUAGAUUUGACAUUUGCCAUUUUGCUGACAUUAAGUGGUUUCUAUAAUAAAAUAUAUUAAACCUCCCAA